AUGAGAACACACACUGGAGAAAAAGCUUUUUCAUGCUCAAUCUGUGGUAAAAGUUUUACUCGAAGGCACUCUUUGAAAAGACACAUGAGAACACACACUGGAGAAAGACAUUUUUUGUGUUCGAUCUGCGGUAAAGAUUUUACUCAAACAUACAUUUUGAAAAUACACAUGAGAAUACACACUGGAGAAAAACCUUUUUCCUGCUCAGAAUGUGGUAAAAGUUUUGGAAAAAAUCAAAGUUUAAAAGUACACAUGAGAACACACACAGGAGAAAAACCGUUUUCCUGCUCAGAAUGUGGUAAAAGUUUUGUAAGAAAUGAACGUUUAAAUGCACACAUGAGAUCACACACUGGAGAAAAACCUUUUUCAUGUUCAAUCUGCGGUAAAGAUUUUACUCGAAGGGACCAUUUCAAAAAACACAUGAGAAUACACACUGGAGAACAACCUUUUUCAUGUUCAAUAUGCGGUAAAUAUUUUGCUCGAAAGAACUACUUGAAAAUACACAUGAGUACACACACUGGUGAAAAACCUUAUACUUGUUCAGUAUGUUGUAGAAGUUUUAUACAAAGUAUGCAUUUGAAAAGACACAUGAGAAUACACACUGGAGAAAAACCUUUUUCAUGUUCAGUCUGCAGUAAAGAUUUUACUCAAAUGCACCAUUUCAAAGCACACAUGACAAGACACACUGCAGACAAACCUUAAACAUGUUCAGUGUGUUGUAAAAGUUGUAUACAAAGUCCGUAUUUUGAAAAGACUCAUGAGAAGACACCCAGGAGAGAAAGUGUUGAGUUGCAGUGUGUGUGGUGAAAGAUUGUCUUCUAAGUACCAGUGUAAGAAACACAAGUGUGCUGGUGAGAACAGCAGCAGCAAAUGAAACUGCAGGAUUUGAAAUAAACUGUCAAAUCUUAACUUCGACUUUGUAACAACAUCAGCACAUAGAUUCUAACAUUUAUAGAUUAGAUAUUUCAGAUUAUUGCUUUUUUCAGUCAAGUACAUGUUUUAAUAUACAACAUUGUGUACUUUUAUUUAAAAAUGAACACAACACUUUGACUGUAAAGAUGAGAAUAAACAGGACAAAACAUGUUACGAAUACUUUUUAUGUGUAUAGAUAUAUUCAGAAAUCAUGUUUGAUUUUUAAUGAUGUUGUAGAGUAACUCCUUUAAAUGAUGUACAUAUUUGUUUUACAUGUGUUCAUACCUUUGCUUUUGAGUACACAUAAAUCCCUCUUAAUUCAAAUUUAGUGGUUCACACUUGAAACACCUUCUGGACCACUUCUGGAAACAUAUUAUUAUUUACUUUAUACAUUUUCAGCAGUUGUCUUUUAUACAAGAUCAUUUACUUUUAAAAUCUGUGACUUUAUGAAUCAUUUGUUGGGUCUCAAUAAUCAAAUUUUUUUAAUUAAUCUGUAUUACUCUCUUUUGUAAUAUGAAUAUUGUUUUAUAUGUAUGUCCCCUUUAUGCAAUAUGUAGAUUACAGAAAAUGGCAACAUUAUAUGUGGAAGGUUAUGAAGGAUAGUUUUGUUUUUAAUAAUCUACAUUUCUUAUUUUUUUUAAAAACUACACAUGACAAUUUAAAAAAAAAAAAGUUGUUUAUGAUUUUGUUCCCCCUUUUUUAGAAUCCCUCAAACAUUAUCAAUUUCAGAAAACAUGGGGAAGUUUGGAUUGUUAGGGAAAAGUCAAUAAAAGUCAAUCCAUCCAUUGUUUCUA